AUGGCUAACAUGGGAAAAUCUCCUUCCUUUCUUUUCUUCAUAUUCUCAAUCCAUUUCUUCAUAUACUCCUUAGCUUGGAUUGAUUCAAACAUUACUACCGACAAAUCUGCACUUCUUGGCCUUAAAUCUUGUAUCACUGCAGAUCCAUACGAUUUCUUAUCUACUUGGUGUAUCUCUUCUUCUCCAUGCAAUUGGGUUGGUGUCACUUGCAAUACUCGCCAUGGAAGGGUCCAUUCCUUGAAUCUUGGUGGCAUGGAUCUUAAAGGCACCAUAUCCCCACAAGUGGGAAACCUCUCAUUUCUUGUUGAACUCGAUCUUAGUAGCAACAAUUUUUAUGGCCAAAUACCAAGAGAGUUAGUUCAAUUGCAUAGAUUGAAACUAUUGAACUUGAGCUAUAAUGGAUUUCAUGGAGAAGUUCCGGCAUGGAUAGGAGAUUUAUCUACACUAGAGUACUUAAAUCUUCGAAAUAAUAGCUUUGAUGGCUUUAUUCCACUAUCUCUAUUCAAUCUAUCAAGGUUAGAGACAUUAGAUUGGAAUUCUAAUUUAAUUGAGGGAAGCAUCCCUGUUGAGGUAGGAAGACUUGAGCGCUUGAAAAUUUUACGACUUUCAAGAAACAAACUUUCAGGAAUCAUUCCUCGAACAAUUUCCAACUUAUCUUCACUUGAGAUAUUACAUUUUUCUUAUAACACUUUUUCAGGUAUGUUUUGGAUCAUUUUUUAUACCUAUAUUUGGUUUUGCUCUAAAUUAAUCUAUUUGGUUAGCAUGAUAUAUUCCCUCAAGGAUCACAUGGAAGGAUCUUUGUUAAUUUGCCUCGACUAUUAUAUAUUCUUCAUUUAUUGGUAUUUUUAUGCACGUUUUUAUCAGUUUUCCUUUUUUUAAAAAAAUUAUCAAUUGUACUUUUUCAAUAGAUCACGAAUCUGCAUGCAAUUGAAGCAAUGGGAUAUUUGUUCCUUUUUUACAGUGCAUUCAUAUAAGAGCUAGCAUAGGAAUAAAGAAUAUAUUAAUCCUGAUAACGGAUCUAAACGGCCAUCGGUCCUUG